ACUUUGCUCCUGUGUUUGUCUGGUGGAAAGUUUCAUAGUCCAUGACAUUCUGCAGAAAAAUCACUGGGCUACAAAGAAGCAAGGGCUUGCCUUCCGUUGGUGGAUCGUAAUGGAGUUUAUAUCUAACCUCGGCGCUGGGGCUUUCAGGUCUGUCUCAUCAGUAGGCUCAGAGAUAUCUCGAAGAGUGAAAACUGUCUCCGCACCACCACAGAGACCUUUCCGUGUAUGUAGUCAUGACCGAUCCGUGCGCAAAGGAGUUACCGCUGGCUCCCUGCGAGAGCUCAUAGCAAAGGCUAUGGAUGCGCUCUUUCUAACAGGUAUUGUAACUUUAGUACUGGAGGAAGAUGGGACAUUAUUGGAUACAGAAGAAUACUUUGACACCCUGGAAGAUGGUUCAGUGGUCAUGGUUUUGGAAAAACAACAAAAAUGGAAUCCAAGAAAGGGCGUGUUGUCUUAUUCCUUGCAACAAGAGAAACCAAAGAACAGCCGGGAUAUUGCACGAAUCACAUUUGAUGUAUACAAGCUAAACCCCCGUGAUGUGUUUGGCAGUCUUAAUAUAAAGGCCACCUUCUAUGGCUUGUAUUCUAUGAGCUGUGACUUCCAGUUCUUAGGACCAAAGAAAGUGGUCAGGGAACUAAUGCGGCUUCUGUCAGCAGCUCUGAAUGGAAUGGGACGUCUGUUGCUUACUGCCUCGGGAGUACUAAGACGGCUGCUCGAAGGUGGAGAUCACUGGCAGAAUCGAAUCUGUGAAUAUGAAGGCUGAUAUUUUGUCCAUAUUUCAUGUCCUCUCAUUGUUGUAGAUUAUCAUUGGCUGGGUUUUCAAGUGAUGCACCAAUUCUUUCAGUAAGGCCUCAUGCACAUGGUGGUAUUACAUACAUAAUAGGCAAUAGAGCACCCAUUGAAGUACAUUGGGACAUACUGUACCUCCAUAUUCAUACAAAGAAAUUGUGGCAUGUUCCCAUAUGUAUGACGUUUUUCCCUCAGGAAAAUUGCAUUUAGGGGUAAAUAGCAUCCUACAUAUGGCACCCGAUGAAGCAUUGUACGGCAGCACAUAGAAUCCCAUACAACCUCCAUGCUUUAAAACACUUGUCAAAAAUAUGUCCUAAUGACUUUUGGGUUUUCUUACUGCCUAUAAAAUAUAUGGAUGAAAUAUUUCCAUUAGGGUGGGUUCCUACAUAGGCUUUUAGCAGCAUUUUUUUUCUCUUUUGCUGUUUUAGUGGUGAUUUUUACACCUGCAUUUUUUUGGGGAAAAACCGCAGCUCUAGAUGUUAGCUGAAGGUUUAUGGGAAAUUUGAAACACAGAGCACACAAGCAUUGACUCCGGUAUUUUUGUGACUUAGAAAAAAAUACCGCUAAGGCCUAGUUCACACUUCAGUGAUUUGUUCAAUGACUGCAUUAGUGAUUGUGAGCCAAAACCAAGUGUGGGUCAAAAACCCAGAAGAGGUACAAAAAAACCACGCAAAUUAUAGAACCUGUCCUAUUCUUGUCUGUCAAAAACACAGAAGAGGUACAAAAAACCACGCAAAUUAUAGAACCUGUCCUAUUCUUGUCUGUCAAAAACACAGAAGAGGUACAAAAAACCACACAAAUUAUAGAACCUGUCCUAUUCUUGUCUGUUUUGUGGACAAGAAUGGGCUUUUUUACAGUGGGUCCCACAAAAAUUACAGGAUGCACACGGACCACAUCCGUAUUUUGUGAAGUUGCUAUUUGGUCAGGUGAAGGAAGUCGUAUUGCACUUUCACACACAAAUUUGCAGUGUCUUUUUUUUUUUCUCACCCAAAAAGUUUUUUUCGAUCCUACAUGCAGUUUUAUGGUGUCUUUUUGUGGCUCGCCUAAUUUAAGACGAGACGUAUGGCUCAUCAUAAAUUAGGCACAACCUCUGGCAGUAUGUGUGCCUAAACUGAAAUCUAUGCCAGCCCCUAGAUAGCGAAGAUUUUAGUCUUCUGAAAACUGGCAUAAAAGAAUAUAAAUGUGCUGGGCCACUGGCCCUACCCUCUUCUACACCUCCACUUGUGGAAAAAAAAAUGCCAAGCGCUCCAGCAUGCUGUGUUUUUGAAAAGAAGGCAGAAACACUAAAAAUGUCACAUAAUGAACAAAAACAUCAGAAGCAAAAAAAACUAACAAAAAAAACCCAAUGUGUGCACUGCGUUUCAUAUUUCCCAUAGAACUUCAGUUGACAUCUGGAACUGGCGUUUGUACUGCAAAAAACCCAGGUACAUAAGAUGGCACUAACAUGCAAAACUGCAGUAAAACAUCACCAAAAAUCGAUGUGUGAACCUAAUUUAAUUUUAUUGAUAUAAUGUGCAGUUUUCUUUUUAAAAGUCAGUAAUGCUGUGUUAAUGGUCUUUAAUAAAUUAUUGAAACAUUGA